CACAGUCUGCCUUCAUGUCUAUUUUUAGUUUUCCUGGCUCAAGCAUCUUCAAGCUACUGAAACACAGCCCUCACUCUCUUUCUCUCCCUCUGGCAUGCAUGCUGCUGGUAAGAGCCCCCCAGGCAAAAAUUGCUUCAGACAUCCUUUAUUGCUCCUUCCUCAGGGAGAACCUGUGGUUUCGGGAUCACGGCUCUGUUUUUAAGCUGGAUGGAAGCUGGGUGACCUUCUGAUGGGCUUUAAACUUUGAAUUGGAUGUGGACAUCUUUCUGUCCGAUGACAGAAUUGCUCCAACUUCCCCUUUGCAGUUGCUUCCUUCCCUUGGAGGUAGCUGUAUCUUGUUUUCUGUAAUAACCUUUUCCUUCCGAAGUUGUCCGCCAUGCCAACUGUCAUUGGCGCAUCUGUGGCCCCACGGACAGGGGCUGAGCCCAUAUCCCCGGGGCCAAUCCCCCACCCAGCCCAGGACAAAACGACCGAGGCUGGCGGUGGAAAUCAAAGUGGCAUCUAUUCGGCCAUCAUCAGCCGCAAUUUUCCUAUUAUCGGAGUGAAAGAGAAGACAUUUGAGCAGCUACACAAGAAAUGUCUAGAAAAGAAGGUUCUUUAUCUGGAUCCUGAAUUCCCACCGGAUGAGAGCUCUCUGUUUUAUAGCCAGAAGUUUCCUGUCCAGUUCGUCUGGAAGAGACCUCCGGAAAUUUGUAAGAAUCCUCAAUUUAUCAUUGGUGGAGCCAAUAGAACUGACAUCUGCCAAGGAGAUCUAGGGGACUGCUGGUUUCUCGCGGCCAUCGCCUGCCUGACCCUGAACGAGCGGCUACUGUUCCGAGUCAUACCCCAUGAUCAGAGUUUCACCAACAACUACGCGGGCAUCUUCCACUUCCAGUUCUGGCGCUAUGGAGACUGGGUGGAUGUGGUUAUUGACGACUGUCUGCCGACUUACAACAAUCAACUGGUUUUCACCAAAUCCAACCACCGCGAUGAGUUCUGGAGUGCUCUACUGGAGAAGGCCUAUGCUAAGCUCCAUGGUUCCUACGAAGCCCUGAAAGGUGGGAACACCACAGAGGCCAUGGAGGACUUCACAGGAGGGGUGACCGAGUUUUUUGACAUAAAGGAAGCUCCCAGAGACAUGUACAAGAUCAUGAAGAAAGCCAUUGAGAGAGGCUCCCUCAUGGGCUGCUCCAUUGAUGAUGGGACAAACAUGACCUAUGGGACGUCUCCUUCUGGUCUGAACAUUGGGGAGCUGAUUGAUCGGAUGGUGAGGAAUAUGGAUAAUUCACGGCUCAGAGACUCAGCUCUUGACCCCAGAGGCUCAGAUGACAGACCAAUCCGGACUAUUGUUCCGGUUCAGUAUGAAACAAAAAUGGCCAGCGGGCUGGUCAAAGGACAUGCCUACUCAGUCACUGGGCUGGAGGAGACCCUGUUCAAGGAUGAGAAAGUGAAGCUGGUACGACUGCGGAACCCCUGGGGCCAAGUGGAGUGGAAUGGCUCCUGGAGUGAUCGUUGGAAGGACUGGAGCUUUGUGGACAACGAUGAGAAGGCCCGUCUACAGUACCAGGUCACUGAGAAUGGAGAGUUCUGGAUGUCAUAUGAUGAUUUCAUCUACCAUUUCACAAAGCUGGAGAUCUGCAACCUCACAGCUGAUGCCCUGGAGUCUGACAAGCUCCAGACCUGGACUGUGUCUGUGAAUGAGGGCCGCUGGGUGAGGGGCUGUUCUGCCGGAGGCUGCCGCAACUUUCCAGACACUUUCUGGACCAACCCGCAGUACCGUCUGAAGCUGCUGGAGGAGGACGAUGACCCUGACGACUCCCAGGUGGUCUGCAGCUUCCUGGUGGCUCUGAUGCAGAAGAACCGGAGGAAGGAGCGGAAGCUGGGGGCCAACCUCUUCACCAUUGGCUUUGCCAUCUACGAGGUUCCCAAAGAGAUGCAUGGGAACAAGAAGCACCUGCAGAAGGACUUCUUCCUGUACAAUGCCUCCAAGGCCAGGAGCAAAACCUACAUCAACAUGCGGGAAGUGUCCCAGCGCUUCCGCCUGCCUCCCAGCGAGUACGUCAUCGUGCCCUCCACCUAUGAGCCCCACCAGGAGGGAGAUUUCAUCCUCCGGGUCUUCUCAGAAAAGAGGAAUCUCUCUGAGAGAGUUGAAAACACAAUCUCCGUGGAUCGGCCACUGCCAAUCAUCUUCGUUUCGGACAGAGCAAACAGCAACAAGGAGCUGGGUGUGGACCAGGAAUCAGAGGAGGAGAAAACAAGCCCUGAUAAGCAAGAGAAAUCCCCCCAGCCACACACCAGCAACACUGACCAGGAAAGUGAGGAACAGCAGCUAUUCCAGAACAUCUUCAGGCAGAUAGCAGGCGACGACAUGGAGAUCUGUGCAGAUGAACUCAAGAAUGUCCUUAACACAGUUGUGAACAAACAUAAGGACCUGAAGACACAAGGGUUCACGCUGGAGUCCUGCCGGAGCAUGAUUGCCCUCAUGGAUACAGAUGGCUCUGGGAAGCUGAAUCUGCAAGAGUUUCAUCACCUCUGGAACAAGAUUAAGACCUGGCAGAAAAUUUUCAAACACUAUGACACAGACCACUCUGGCACCAUCAACAGCUAUGAGAUGCGAAACGCAGUCAAUGACGCAGGAUUCCAUCUCAACAACCAGCUCUACGACAUCAUCACCAUGCGCUACGCGGACAAAUACAUGAACAUUGACUUUGACAGCUUCAUCUGCUGCUUCGUCAGGCUGGAGGGCAUGUUCAGAGCUUUCAACGCAUUUGACAAGGAUGGAGACGGUAUCAUCAAACUCAACGUUUUAGAGUGGCUGCAGCUCACCAUGUAUGCCUGAACAAGGACAGCCUCAUCCAAGGCCAUGCGAGAUGACUCACGAUUUCAAUUUUAACCAACAGUGCUAGAACCACUUACCUCAAAAGACCCAGUAGCUGCACCCCCAACAGGCCUCCAGUCACCCCUUUCUCAUUCCUCUUCCACUUCAUUCCCCAUGCGGCUUCCUGGCAUCUGUUGAUCUUUCAUGCUUAGCCUCAUUGUUUCGUUAUGGAAUGCAGUAGAGAGAACUCUGUCCCUUUAUCACAUGGAGGCAAGCACCUCUGAGGUCUGCUCUGAAUCUGAGCUGAUUUGGCUCUGAACCAAUGCAAAGGUUUUGACCUCUCCUUAGCUGUUUGCAGGGGGCCUUUGCCAGUGGCAGAGUCCCUGGGUGGUGUAAACCUCAUUUGACUACUCAUUGAAAGGUUGGUGGUUUGUAUCCAUCCAGAGGUGCCUCAGAAGAAAGGCCUGGCAAUCUACUUCUGAAAGAUAACAGCCAUUGAAAACCCUAUAGAGCACAGUCCUGCUCUGCAACACAUGGGGUCAACAUGAGUUGGCACUGCCUUGAUGGCAACUGGCUGGUUGGGUGGUUCCUUGUGCUGAGCCCUCUGUCACCUUUAUGCAAUCCCACUCAUGGGAUAGGAACCAAACUAACAUUGGUUCUGCCUAAUUGUUUCAGGAUGGGCCCGCUCUGGGGUAAACCAGCUCAGUGGAACAAGGCUGGAUACUUUGAGUUGUCUGACUCAUAAGUUUGGCUGCAUUCUGAAAAGUGCUGACCUAAAUAAAGGCAUGUGUAUGGCUGGUUUCACUGUGUUUUGUUUGCUCACAUUUAGAUAUCUGCCACAGCAGGAUCGAAUGGCUUCAAAUCUUAUACUCACUUAACACAAUUUCAGAAUAGGACAAUGGAAAAAACAGACACCCUCAAAAAACAAAACAAAAAAAACCCAAACCCAAACCCUAAGUCAAUCAUGCCUGUGGCUAUUUGUUGAACACAGGAGUCAAUCAGAUACUUUCCAAGCUGUGUUGAGGAAGGGGGACAGCUGGUGGUGUAUAGAAAAAGAAUGAAUGGCUCACCUGUAACUGGAGGGGCCAGUUACCUGGGUGGGAUGGAGCAGAGAUCUAGUUUUUAAUCCGAGCUCCUCCACUAACUGACCCGUUGUAUGACCUUGGACGAAAUCCUUGAAUGUCUGCCAUACUUAUCUGGGCCGCGGCCUUUGACAUAUCUAAAACUGUCUUGUGUUUUCCACUCAAUUCCUUCUUGCUCUCUGUACCAGCAUGGAAGAGAAAGAGUUGGCUACAAAUAUGCAGACAAGAAAAGUUAGCCAAUUUGUAAAAGUACUUUAUUUUCCUCUUGUAUUUGCUUUUUAUCUGUUUUACAAAGUUAUGAAGUUCACAGCUUUAUACCAAAAUGUAAGAAGGUUAAGCUAUUUGCUUAUAAACAUUUUUGCAGUAAAGGGUCAUUUGAUUUUAUUCUUCUAAGUCCAUAUUCAAUACAAA